GGGUCACCGUAGGGAUCGAAGCUCCCCCUCUCCCGGGUCACUGGUCCGGUCCUGUUUCCGGCGUGUCCUUGAGGCGACUGUCCCAGCCAUGUUCUCCCGCUGCCUGAGUCGAACCCUGCGCUGCCCGGUGUCCGCCCUCCGGAGGGGUUCCAGCGGCGCGCAGAUCCGACUUUACACACGGGCCGCUGGGAGCCGGAUCACGUCUGUUGGCACCCAGAAGAACUUUCUACCCUCCAGUACAGAUGCCAUCAGGUUCUAUCGAACGUCAGCCGUUUGCAGGCAGGACGUGGUAACCGUCAACACACCAGCAUUUGCUGAAUCCGUCACAGAGGGAGACGUCAGGUGGGAGAAAGCUGUCGGGGAUUCCGUAUCUGAGGAUGAAGUUGUGUGCGAGAUUGAGACUGACAAGACAUCGGUGCAAGUACCCGCUCCUACAGCUGGAGUUAUCGAGGCUCUUCUGGUCCCUGAUGGCGGAAAGGUGGAGGGUGGGACUCCUCUCUUUGUCCUUAGGAAGUCCGGAGCUGCUCCUAAAAGCAAACCAGCCGAGGCUGCAGCUCCUCCUCCAUCUGCAGCUCCUCCUACAGCCAGCCCUCAGCCUCCUUCAGCCCCGCCUCCUGCUGCUGGUCCAAUUCCCACAUCUCUUCCACAUGUGCCACCCGUCUCUUCCCAACCACUGGAAACAAAGCCUGUAUCUGCUGUGAAGCCAACAUCUGCCGCUCCUGUGUCUGAGGUCGCCCCAGCUGGCAGCACACGGACAGAACACAGGGUGAAAAUGAACCGGAUGCGCCAAAGAAUCGCUCAGAGGCUGAAGGAAGCUCAGAACACGUGUGCUAUGCUGACCACCUUCAAUGAGGUGGAUAUGAGUACCAUCCAGCAGAUGAGGACGCUGCACAAAGAUGCUUUCUUGAAGAAACACAAUCUAAAGCUCGGCUUUAUGUCCGCUUUUGUUAAAGCUGCAGCCUUCGCUCUCCGUGACCAGCCGGCCGUCAAUGCUGUUAUUGAUGAUACGACGAAGGAGAUUGUGUACAGAGACUAUAUAGACAUCAGUGUGGCCGUAUCUACACCCCGGGGUCUGGUGGUUCCCGUGUUACGUAGUGUGGAAUCUAUGAACUUUGCUGACAUCGAACGGACCAUUGCAGAGCUUGGAGAGAAGGCUCGCAAGAAUGAGUUGGCAAUUGAAGACAUGGAUGGUGGCACCUUCACGAUCAGUAAUGGAGGGGUGUUCGGGUCCAUGUUUGGCACACCUAUCAUCAAUCCUCCACAGUCUGCCAUCCUGGGAAUGCACGGCAUAUUUGACCGGCCUGUGGCCAUAUCUGGAAAGGUGGAGGUGCGCCCAAUGAUGUAUGUUGCUCUAACGUAUGACCACCGACUAAUAGACGGCAGAGAAGCCGUCCUUUUCCUGCGUAAGAUCAAGGCGGCAGUGGAAGAUCCUCGCAUUCUUCUUCUGGAUCUCUGAGGGAUUUUCUGCACGCUUCUCAAGGAUCCAUUUAUUCCCCACCCCCCCUUCCCCCCCAGUUUUAUGUUGGGGCCACCGUCCCCCCCCUACCCAACCCCCACUGAGCAAUUAGGCGCCAAUUCAGAGACUUGGUGUGCGCUUUUUACAGACUCCUCUUCCAGUGGGUUGGGUCAUCAUCUCUUCCACCUAUCAAUAUGGCACCUUGCGGCAUAUACAGAGUUAACUACAAUAUUUAAGGACUUGAUUUUAAAUGUUUAAAAAUAAACGCCAUUUAUGAAAACA